CCUCCACAGCCCACAGCCGCAGGAUCGCAGUGACCACCCUCAGCCACAAAUACUUGUGUAUGCAGGGGGAACACCGGACCACCACAGAGGACAGGAGGGGAGAGGAAAAGUGACCUGAGACGUGAGAGGCGGAGGAGGGGGCUUCUCUUCAGACGAGCUCCAACUUCCUUCCAUUACGCUCUUCGGAUGUCGGAGUUCAGUCAAUUAUUUAUUCUCUGUCUCAUUUCUGGUCUGGGGAAGACAAGUUUACUUGCUUUAAAAGUACUUCCUGGAAUUGGUAGAGGCCUCCAAAUUUCAGAUCAUCAGUUCUGAAGUUCCUUUGCUCCAGUGGACCACUCCCCUCAUUAGCAGACUUCUCUAUGCUGCUGUGCCCUUUGCUCACACACUAAGGCGGAUAGACCCUUCCUCUGUGGUGGACCCUCUCCUCCUCUCUCUCAGCAUGACCGGCUGUACAGCACGCUGCAAACAAGGCAUCGCCAAACUAAUGCAGUCACUACAGAGGCUAGUCUUUGGGACUCUCACCAAAGAUAAAGCUGAUGAUGAACUGGAAAUGACGAUGGUGUGCCACAGACCAGAAGGCCUGGACCAGUUAGAAGCACAGACCAAUUUUACCAAACAGGAGCUGCAAAUUCUCUAUCGGGGAUUUAAAAACGAAUGUCCGAGCGGUGUGGUGAACGAGGACACUUUUAAACAUAUUUACGCACAGUUCUUUCCACAUGGAGAUGCAAGCAUGUACGCUCAUUAUUUAUUUAAUGCAUUUGACACGACUAACAACGGCUCCAUCAAGUUUAAGGACUUUGUAAUGGGCUUGUCCAUACUUCUUAGAGGAACCCUGCAGGAAAAACUGGAGUGGACAUUUCACCUUUAUGACAUCAACCGAGAUGGAUAUAUAAAUAGAGAGGAAAUGACUGAGAUUGUCAGAGCCAUCUAUGACAUGAUGGGAAAGUACACUUAUCCUGCCCUGAAGGGGGACGUCCCACAGCAGCACGUGGAUGCCUUCUUCCAAAAAAUGGACAAAAACAAAGAUGGUGUUGUAACAAUGGAUGAAUUUAUUAUAGCUUGUCAAGAGGAUGAGACGAUGAUGAGAUCCAUGCAGCUGUUUGAAAAUGUGAUGUAGGAGCAGAGGAUUCAACAUAAAACAGAAUCAAAGAGAAAGUCUGAGGGCUUGUGUGCUUGUAAGUAUGAGUGUGAAUGUAGACAAUAGGUACCAGAUCUGGUCUCUAGACUCUGGACAAAGGGACUAUUAUUUCACUGGACCUCAGAUUAUAAUGCUACAGCCUCUGCAGUGACUGGUGGAAUUAAGAGACAAUUUAGGCAUCUAAAGAAGAAUGGUGCAUACAAAGCUGCACAAUACCAGAAAAGAGCUAAUGCACAUCCAGCCACUUCAUUUACUUUGCCAAAAUAUGUUCUUUAUUGCCAAAAAUAAACUGCAUGCUUUUGCAAGUUUUUGUUAAAAUGAUAAAGGAAUAGGGCCAUAAAGGGACUUAACAUAUUACCAUUGACAUUCAUUACAUGAUGCAUUAUAUGUUGUUUAUCACCAUUUAGGGAUUGGUGUAUCUGUACAUUGACCUUGCUGUAUUGCAUCGAUCAGCUGUAGCUUGCUGUUAAUUGUGUCAUUGGAACAUCUUUGUCUUGUGUCUUGUAUGUUAAAGGCCAGUGAAGAUCUAACUAUGUCUAGUCAAAAAGAUGUUUUUAUAAAUGAUAUUUUAAUAUUUUCUCUGCAGCUUUAUUUCUUGUAAUUGUGUAAUGUAAGAAAGUGUACCCAUUUAAUGAAGUGCCCAAUAAUGUUCUACAUGACUUUAAAAGAAAACUGCACAUGAGAGAGGUGGUGUAUUCCUGCAAAUUAAAUGUACAUUAAAAUGAAUGAGUAUAAUAUAGAAUCUUGCAGGACAUACACUAAAUGUAAACAUAUUGUAUUGUUAUAUUUAUGGCACUGAGGAGGGCUACAUCUGUGUCAACAUUUGGCCCUGCCUCCUCUUUCCAAACUCAAGAUGUGAUGUCACUCUGAUGUGCAGACAGAGUAUUGGGCUAAAUGAGUGACUCAUGCUGGCUCUCUGCUGCUCACUGUGUUGCAGGGUGUGUUUUAAAGCACCACCAUAAUAGAACCUCACCAGGAUAUGGGCACAUAAACUCUGAAAUAUUCAUCACUCCUUUUUGCUGGUUUUACUUGCUCCUGUGAAAGACUUGCUCUUAGCUGUAUAAGCCAUGACACAUCCGCUUGACAUCACAGCUUUGGUUUUUCAUAAUCAUAUGGACAUCAAGGUUAAAGAGAGAAUUAUUGUGUCUCACAAACAUGAAUUUAUUUGAAGCCAUAUAAAUAAAUAUUUAAGUUAU